AUGGUGGCGAAUGAUUAUCAGUACAUUUUGGAAAACAUGCAGAAGGAGCUUGAAACUCAGGCGGAAAAGGUCGGAGAAUUGACGAAGGAACGAGACAACGCGGGGAAGAAAAUCGGAGCGUUGGAGGCUCAGCUCAGCGAGACGAAGGUUGUUUUGGAUGAACUAGAGCUGAUCGGUGAUGAUGCGACAAUCUACAAGCUCUUGGGCCCGGUCUUGGUCAAGCAAGAGCGCGAACUCGCCCUGGCGACGAUCAAGAAUCGAAAAUCCCACAUGGAAACUGAGCUCAAACGUUGCUCGCAAACGGUAAACGAUGUUAGCAAGAAAAUCGCCAAAGAACAAGAUAAUCUCAGGGACCUCCACAUGAAAAGCCAACACGUCAAACAAGCGCUCAUGGGUGCUCCUCAACAGUAG